CAGAGUUCCAUGCCGAUAAUCCUCCACGCCGACAGAGGACAGUGCAAACAGCUGAUGUUCUCGCGAGAGGCGCGGAGUUCUCCCCAAGUACUGAGAGCGGGAGCGCAAGCGCGCUCAGGGGUGCACUGUCGCUGGAGGGAAGACGCGACUCGGCUGAAGCUUGGGGGGAGCGCGCGUGCGCCUUCGCGAGUUCUGCGCUGCCGGGGCCGCGGUGUGAGUGCCGGUGGGAGACAGACGUGCGGGCCGCGAGAAUGUUCCGAAAGGCCCGGCGAGUGAACGUGCGUAAGCGGAAUGACUCGGAGGAGGAGGAGCGAGAACGCGAUGAGGAGCAGGAGCCGCCGCCGUUGCUGCCGCCGCCGGGCACCGGCGAAGAGCCGGGCCCCGGCGGCGGCGACAGGGCCCCCGGGGGGGAGCCGCUGCUGGGCCCGGGGCUGCCUCCGCCUUCCGCGCUGACCUCGGGCCCCGGGAUUGAAGCCGGGGGCUGCUUCCCGGGAGGCGCGGAGCCCGGCAACGGGCUGAAGCCGCGCAAGAGGCCACGAGAGAACAAAGAGGUGCCCCGGGCCAGCCUGCUCAGCUUCCAGGAUGAGGACGAAGAAAGUGAAGAAGUUUUCAAAGUGAAGAAAUCAAGUUAUAGCAAAAAGAUAGUAAAAUUGCUUAAGAAAGAAUAUAAAGAAGAUCUUGAAAAAUCGAAGAUUAAGACAGAAAUCAACUCAUCAGCUGACAGCGAACCUCCUUUGGACAAAACAGGUCAUGUUAAGGACACCAGUCAAGAAGAUGGAGUUAUCAUCAGUGAACACGGGGAAGAUGAAAUGGAUAUGGAAAGCGAGAAGGAGGAAGAAAAGCCAAAGGCUGCCGGAGCCUUUUCAAAUGCUUUAUCUUCUUUGAAUGUUCUCCGUCCAGGAGAAAUUCCAGAUGCAGCUUUUAUACACGCUGCAAGGAAAAAGCGUCAGAUGGCCCGGGAAUUGGGAGAUUUCACUCCUCAUGAUAGUGAGCCUGGUAAAGGCCGCCUUGUUAGAGAAGAUGAGAAUGAUGCCAGUGACGAUGAAGACGAUGAUGAGAAACGCCGUAUAGUUUUUUCUGUGAAAGAAAAAUCACAAAGGCAGAAAAUUGCGGAGGAAAUAGGUAUUGAGGGGAGUGAUGAUGAUGCUUUAGUAACUGGAGAACAAGAUGAAGAGCUCAGCCGAUGGGAACAGGAGCAGAUAAGAAAAGGAAUUAAUAUCCCUCAGGUUCAAGCAAGUCAGCCCACUGAAGUGAACAUGUACUACCAGAACACUUACCAGACAAUGCCUUACGGUUCAUCCUAUGGCAUUCCUUAUAGUUACACAGCCUACGGAUCAUCCGAUGCCAAAUCUCAAAAAACAGAUAAUACAGUCCCUUUCAAAACUCCCAGUAAUGAGAUGACUCCCGUUACUAUUGAUUUGGUAAAGAAACAGCUUAAAGACAGGUUGGACUCCAUGAAAGAACUGCACAAAACAAAUCGACAGCAGCAUGAGAAACAUCUGCAAAGCCGAGUGGACUCCACCAGGGCUAUUGAAAGAUUAGAAGGGUCUUCUGGGGGUAUUGGUGAACGGUAUAAAUUUUUGCAAGAAAUGCGAGGGUAUGUCCAAGACUUGCUUGAGUGUUUCAGUGAAAAGGUGCCACUGAUUAAUGAACUUGAAUCAGCAAUACAUCAGCUGUACAAACAGCGAGCUUCCCGCCUUGUCCAAAGACGACAAGAUGAUAUUAAAGAUGAAUCUUCGGAGUUUUCAAGCCAUUCAAAUAAAGCUCUGAUGGCACCAAAUCUUGAUUCCUUUGGACGAGAUCGGGCACUGUAUCAAGAGCACGCAAAACGGCGGAUUGCAGAACGGGAGGCGAGAAGGACUCGUCGUAGACAAGCCAGAGAGCAAACCGGUAAGAUGGCAGAUCACCUUGAAGGCCUGUCCAGUGAUGACGAAGAAACAUCUACAGAUAUUACAAAUUUCAAUCUGGAAAAAGAUCGCAUUUCAAAAGAGUCCAGCAAGGUAUUUGAAGAUGUCCUUGAAAGUUUCUGUUCAAUCGAUUGUAUUAAAUCCCAGUUUGAAGCAUGGCGUUCAAAAUACUACACAUCCUACAAGGAUGCUUACAUCGGCCUUUGCUUGCCAAAGUUGUUCAACCCCCUCAUAAGGCUGCAGCUUCUCACUUGGACUCCUCUUGAGGCAAAAUGUCGUGACUUUGAGAAUAUGCUGUGGUUUGAAUCUUUGCUGUUUUACGGUUGUGAAGAGCGAGAGCAAGAAAAAGAUGAUGUAGAUGUUGCACUGUUACCUACCAUUGUGGAAAAGGUGAUUCUCCCUAAACUAACAGUGAUAGCUGAAAAUAUGUGGGACCCCUUUUCUACAACACAGACUUCAAGAAUGGUUGGAAUUACUCUAAAAUUAAUAAAUGGGUAUCCUUCAGUAGUGAAUGCAGAAAACAAAAAUACACAGGUGUACCUAAAAGCACUUCUAUUGAGAAUGAGAAGAACUUUAGAUGAUGAUGUAUUCAUGCCCUUGUAUCCCAAAAAUGUCUUGGAAAAUAAAAAUUCUGGGCCUUACUUGUUUUUUCAACGACAGUUUUGGUCUUCAGUUAAGCUCUUAGGGAAUUUUCUUCAAUGGUAUGGCAUUUUCUCAAACAAAACUCUUCAGGAAUUAUCAAUAGACGGUUUAUUAAAUAGAUACAUUCUCAUGGCUUUUCAGAAUUCAGAAUAUGGCGAUGACAGCAUCAAAAAAGCCCAAAAUGUGAUCAGUUGUUUCCCCAAGCAGUGGUUCAUGAAUCUGAAAGGAGAAAGAACUAUUUCUCAGUUAGAAAACUUCUGUCGAUACCUUGUACACUUAGCAGAUACAAUUUACAGAAACAGUAUCGGGUGCUCUGAUGUGGAAAAAAGAAAUGCAAGGGAAAACAUAAAACAGAUAGUAAAACUCCUUGCAAGUGUUCGAGCUCUGGAUCACGCUAUGUCUGUUGCAAGUGACCACAAUGUGAAAGAAUUUAAGUCUUUGAUCGAAGGAAAAUAGAUCUAUGAGACUGAAAAGAAGCCUAUUUGUUCUAAUACCAUUCCCAAUGUAAAAAUUUUGUAUAUAUGUAAAGUUUCUUAAACUGUAAAAUAUUGGCUCUUGUUUUAAUACAAAGAACAUUAUUAAUAUUCAAUACUGUGUCUUUAAAUGCGAUUUCUUCAGAAUGAAAUGAAUUCAGAUUAUUUCUAGGAAGUCUGUGAAUGGUUUCCUUAACUGCCUGUCAUACUUUGUUUACAGAAGUAUUUUAUAUGGUCAUUUAAAUUAACUCUCUCAGCUAAUUGUUCUCUGUAAACAAUGUGUGCAGUGUAUAUUGUAUAAUUAUGCAUAUAUAUAUAUAUAUAUAUUUAUACCACCAUGGAGUUACUUUCACACUGGAAAUUUGUGGUGUUUUUCUACAGAGUAAGCCUUUUAACAGCAGAAAAUUAUUCAGUAGCAAAUUGUCUUAGGGAAAUUACUACACUGUUGCAACAAAAGGGCUGGCAAGUGACUAAGUAUUCGUCACCUUUUGGUUAGCAGUUGCUAUCACCGUAGCUGUGCUGCCUUAAAAUUGAGAGUUGAGUGUGGACUUAGUCAUUGGUGAAUGGUGAACUUUUCUUCCUUGAAUUAGCAUUACAGUCAACUGUAUGUUUAAUGUGAGCUCUAAAUAAAUAUAUGCAACAUAGGUUUUUGAAAAGAACAUAGAAGUUUCAUUUUUGGAAAUAAUAGAUCCACAACCUAAUGCAUGGUUUGGGGCUGACUCUCCUGUCUCAUUCAUGAUUUUACUCCCUGACCAGCUUAAAAAAAUACAUGCAUUUGGAUUUUAGUAAUCUAGCAUUAUAUUUUAAAUCUCACAUAUGUGAGUUAUGAUAUGCAAUAAAGAACACGCCUUGCUGAUGAGCUACACCCAAGCAGUUUAAUAUCCAUGGUCUUCUGUAAUGUUUAUACCAUGUUGUAAAUACUCAGAGAACUUGUUUUAAAGUUUAUGCUUUCUGAUUCUGUGAUUUUCAAAAGAGGAACUUUUUGGAAAUUAAGGACUAUUGUUUGAUAAUUAUAUAUGUAAUUAAGCUUUAGCCAAGCAUUAAAUUAAUUUUUAAAUAGAACCUUUGUUAUAUUUGGCUGGCGACUAAUUUUAGUUGGAGCAUUUCAAAUGACUGAUAUAGUGAGACUAUUAGCAUGUGUACCCUUGGUCAAGUCAAAUAAUAUUUAGAACAGUGUCAUGCACUCUAAUUGCUCUGUCAAUUUUAUCUUUAUCGUAGGAUCAUUGCUUAUCCCUACAGAUUCAUUCUGGAUGAAUUCAUUCUGGAGAAAGUGGCCUAGUAAAUAGAAUUAAAAUAGAACACUUAUUCUCAACUUAAAUGGACUAAAACAUAUAAACUCGCAUAUAUAUAUAUGACAUGCACAUCAUUUGUUUCUUAAAUUUGUGUUUCCAAAUGCACUGAACCGAUUACUUUUCCUAUAUCUGCAUUUAAGGACUCUUGAAGUAAACUCAGAUUUUUCAUCAUGUGACAUCCAUCAGGCUGUUUUAGGAAUGAGUUUGAACACCACGCUAGGACCUUGAUGUCAGGUGAAUUUAGCAUAGAACUGUGCAUAAAACAAGUGGUUUUCGUUUCACAACCCAAAGUUUUUUAUUCCUGAAAUAGCUAAAGGACAUUCUUUCUUAGGAAGGAAAUUGUCAAAAGAUAAAUUCAGAGAGUGACAUUUUAAUAAAGCUGAGGUUUUGUCUUUGCAGUUUUUUCUUUUGGCGCAGUCUUCCAAAAUACUUCCAAAAUAGAUGAGGAAGAUUUUUGAAAAGGAAAGUUACUUUAUUGAGACAACGUAAACCAUAGGCAUAAGGAACUGUAACUGCUCUUCUACCAGGUGAGGAUGGUGACCCAUAUCCUUAUUGAUGCCAUGGUGUCCUGCAUAGACCUGCAGCUCUGCCUGAGGGCUUUCUCUUGGCCUGUGCUACAGGCUGGAGUGUCCACUGCCUAAUGUCCCUGGGAGCAACCCUCAGCCAAAGUAAGGAGGGGGGACGAUAAAUCCCCCAGUGCGUUAGUUCAGGUCAUCUGGGGAGCAGUCUCUGAGAUGGCGUUAGGUAUAUUGAUACAAGAGAUUUGGGGCAGGGAAUAACAAUGAGGGGCAAAGGAGAGGAGGCGGGAGGAGGCUGGGAGAGCCUUAGUGCUGAGAGGUCGUGAGGCAGGGAAGGAAUUAAAGAAGGUGUCAGACAUCAGUGCAGUUCGAAGAAAGUUCCAGCAAGGCUGACAGGGCCCUCAAUACAAAGUUACGAUUCUGAGGAGUUUCAUGUCUCCAGGAGCUGGCCUGCCUUUGGACCCCACCAUGCUCAGUAAUUGGUGGAGAGCAGUUCUUGGGGAGCAUGGCCUGUACAACCAGAUUCUUGUAGAAAAUCUAAGGCACAAUUUCACAUCUACCACACCAGCUUCCUAAUCUCAUAGGAAAACAGUUAGGUUUCACAUCAUCUCCCAGAGGGCUUCAUUUGAUUUGAACCAUGGUUGUCUGCAGUGAUAACCUCAUCACCCAGAACUGGCCAAGAAUUUCACAAGUCUUCAAGCAAGUACCUUCCUCAUGAGAAUAUACUAAAAUGUAGAGUUCCCUAAUUGUUUUAAAGACAGGUUUAUUGAGGUAUGAGUUAUAAACUGUAAAGUUUACCCUCUGUAAACAUGUAUAGUUCAGUGAGUGUGGACGAAUGCCUAAUUCUGUUUUAAAUGCUAAUUUCCCUUGAAAUCAUGAAAUCCUCCUAAAAAUGGUCAAAUGUUUUAGAGCUGCAAAAUACAAUAUGAAAACGUCAGUUGCUACAUUGUAGUGGUUCUUUACGGUUACGGUAACUCUUCUGAUUUCUAACAUUGUAAUAUCCAUAUAGUAAAGGGAGUGUUGCCAUUCCCUGAUUGUGGCAAAGAACACUUUGGUCUGUGGUGUCAAGUAAAUGAAAAUGAGAACAAUUAAACUUAUCUAUGGGUGUUAGGUUCACAGCUGCUGAGUGUGACUACAGACUUCCCAGCAAAGGCAGACAGGCUAAAAAUUGUUACAUGGAAUUGGUAUUGAUAGGCAGUGUUGACUGGCCCAUGGUCUGCUUCUGGACCUCCGGGCCCCGGUAAUUUGUACUGGCUUCCUCCCAGCCCUGUCGGUGCUAACUCUAGCAGAGGCUCAGAGGUUAGAGUCAUCCUGUACAAUGAGAAUGCCAAGCACAGAGUCUCAGAAUGUAUAUUGUGGUCCACCAGUUCACGGGCUCUUACUUUAAAAGAUCUUUAGGAAAAUGAGACUUAGAUAUAAGACAUGACACCAUCAAACUCCUAAAAGAGAACAUAGACAAAACAUUCUCUGACAUAAAUCAUACCAAUGUUUUCUUAGGUUCAUCUCCCAAGGCAAUAGAAAUAAAAGCAAAAACAAACAAAUGAAACCUAAUCAAACUUACAAGUUUUUGUACAGCAAAGGAAGCCAUAAAAUGAAAAGACAACCUAUGAACUGGGAGAAAAUAUUUGCAAAUGAUGCGACUGACAAGGGCUUAAUUUCCAAAAUAUACAAACAGCUCAUACAACUCAACAAAAAUAACCCAAUUGAAAAAUGGGCAGAAGGCCUAAAUAGACAUUUCUCCAAAGAAGACAUACAAAUGGCCAACAGGCACAUGAAUAGAUGCUAAACAUCGCUAAUUAUUAGAGAAAUGCAAAUCAAAACUACAAUGAGGUACUACCUUAAACUGGUCAGAAUGGCCAUCAUUAAAAAAAAUCGACACAUAACAAGUGCUGGAGAAAGUGUAGAGGGAAGGGAACCCAUCUACACUGUUGGUGGGAAUGUAAAUUGGUGCAGCCAUUAUGGAAAACAGUAUGGAGGUUCCUCAAAAAACUAAAAAUAGAGUUGCCAUGUGAUCCAGCAAUCCCACUCCUGGGCAUAGAUCUGGACAAAACUCUAAUUGAAAAAGAUACAUGCACCCCAAUGUUCAUAGCAGUGAAGUAAGUCAGAAAGAGAAAGACAAAUGCCAUAUGAUAUCACAUAGGUGGAGUCUAAAAUACAACACAAAUGAACUUACCUAUGAAACAGAAACAGACUCACAGACAUGGAGAACAUAGACUUGUAGUUGCCAAGUUCGGGGGGAUGGGGUGGAUUGGAAGUUAGGGUUUAGCAGAUGUAAACCAUUAUUUAUAGAGAAAGGAUAAACAACAAGGUCCUACUAUAUAGCACAGGGAACUAUACCCAAUAUCCUGUGAUAAACCAUAAUGGAAAAAAUAUGAAAAAGAAUGUAUAUAUGUGUAUAACUGAAUCACUUUGCUGUACAGCAGAAAUUAACACAACAUUGUAAAUAAA